AAGAGUUGUCCUUGAAUGCACCAUGAAGCCGACCCUGCUGCUGUCUUUAUGUGCUCUUGUCACGCUGUCUCUACAGUCCCGAAGUCCAGAGAGCUGUGAGUGUGAGCUAUCCAGCACUCAGCCCUUUCCUCAUGACAAACUGAACACAUCCGAGAAGAAUGUGGAAGAUUGUAACAACAACGUCAGUCCACAAAAGGCACUGGAGCUGGAAACCCUUCUGUUGGGCUUGGAGCGACGCCUGCCCCAGCUGGAGGCGGACAUAUCUGAGCUGGAGAGGGACGAUGACGGACAGCUCUACGGGGUCCUGGCUCUUUAUGUCAUCCAGAAUGAACUCACUGAGAUCAGACUGCUCAUGGAGAAGCUCAACACCACCAUGACGAUGCACAGACAACAGGCCCGGGACACCGCAGAACAGAUCAGUGCCAUCAGAGCCGAGCUUCAGGAGCUGGAGACCUACGACACUCUGCAGGUGGUCAAAAGAGACCAGACCAACCAGCGGCUCAAGAGGGACCUGGACCAGUGUAGGAAAGGACAGGACCCCAUAGCACCGCCCACUUUGCCCCCACAUGGGUCAUGUCCACAUGGGCGCUUCCAGAAUGUGUCUGGACCACGGAUCUUCACCCCAGGAGAGUAUCCAGGGAGCUUCAAGUAUGGAGCUUGGGGCCGAGAUCCAAAACCUGUAGCGGGGAAGGAGAACUGGCACUGGUAUGUCCCACUGGUCUCCAGCAACAGAUUCGCCCACUACGUGCGCCUGUACUCCACCCUCAGCUCUCUGGUGGUGGGCGUCAGCGUGCCCGGUAAUGUCAUUAUCCACGCAUCCAACCCCGCCACCAACACAGUGCAGGGGCCCAAUGUGGUCAUGUAUGCAGGCGCUCUGUACUACAACUGCUACAACUUGGACGCGGUGUGUCGAUUCAACCUUACCAGCAAAACUGUGACUAAUGUGCCGCUACCCAAAGGAACCAGGUUCAACUCUAAAGGUAACUUCUGCAACCUGGAAGAGUGUUUCCCAUUCACAGACUUGGACUUGGCCACGGAUGAGUCUGGGGUGUGGGUCGUCUACACCACAACCCAGGAUCAUGGGAACCUGGUGCUGUCCAGAGUGGAGGAGGGGACAGAGGGGCUGCAGCUGGGACAGACAUGGUACACCUCGGUGUACAAGCAGGCCGUCACCAACACCUUCAUGGUCUGUGGGGUGCUGUAUGCCACACGCUCAAUCAGUAAAGACACAGAGGAAAUCUUCUACUCUUAUGACACAGCCACAGGACAGGAGAAGUUCAACAUUGGCAUCUAUUUCAAAAAGCUGUUCCCCAAUAUAUAUUCUCUGAACUACAGCCCUGUGGACCAGAUGCUCCACUCAUAUGCCGAAGCCAACAUGGUGUCCUAUAAAGUUGUUUUUGUAUAGGUACUGCUAAGUCUAAUGAAUACGCCCUCUUAAACAAGCCUUCUUUUGAUUCUGCAAUAUUUUAUCUUUAUCUUUAAAACAACACAGUCUUUAUUGUACUGAAAAUUUUAGAAAAACAUGCAUCCUUACUCUGAGUGAAGUUGCAUCUCCACAAACCUGACUCUUAUUUGACCUGGAGGAUGGACCCCUCCUCCUUGUUUCCAUGUAAAUGCUCUUGGCUGUAAUCUUCCACAGUAUGGCAUAAAGAACAUCUAUUUUAAAAAUGGCUUUAACUUUCACUUUCCAUGCCGGUGAUGUGUCACCUCCAGAAAGUUACAUACUGUACCUUUAAAAAGAUAAAUGUUUUUGGGUGCCAACUGUUUUACCCAAAAAGAAAGAAGUCCACUUUGGUGAUAAAAGUGUUUUAUAAAAGAGAAUAUGUUUAAACUAAAAGAAAAAAAAAAUGUAGAUGAAUGAAAACUGCUGCUGCA